GUCUUAUCGGGGGGUUGGGCCGCUAGGAGCGAACGGAGAGUUAAAGAGUUUUUAAUGUCCGCCAUGUUGGCCAUGGCGUAUUGAACCAGGGAGAGAGAGCGGAGUGACUGAAAAAAGAGACCGAGAGAGAGCGACCAAGAUCCGGGCCUUCCCGGCUCCGUUCGCAUCGCCAAUUAUAUAUUUUUGUAACCAAUCGAACGAUAGACUCCUUGGGACCGCCACAGAUACAUCCAUGAGAACUCAAAUUGGAACAGUUGUGAAUAUUAGGGGAUCGGAUAGAUUUAUGCUGCAUCUUUAAUUAUAAAAAUGAGUAAAUUGUCGUUUCGGGCACGGGCGCUGGACGCUACCAAGCCACUACCCGUCUUCCGCUGCGAGGACUUACCCGACCUGCACGAAUAUGCCUCUAUUAACCGGGCCGUGCCGCAGAUGCCGACGGGGAUGGAGAAAGAGGAGGAAUCGGAACACCAUCUCCAGCGGGCCAUCUCUGCACAGCAGGUUUAUGGAGAGAAGCGGGAUAACAUGGUCAUUCCCGUUCCCGAGGCGGAGAGCAACAUCGCCUACUACGAGUCUCUGUACCCCGGGGAGUUCAAGAUGCCAAAGCAGCUUACUCACAUACAGCCCUUCAGCCUGGAUGCAGAGCAGCCGGACUAUGACCUGGAUUCAGAGGAUGAGGCGUUUGUGAAUAAGCUGAAGAAGAAGAUGGAGAUCAGCCCCCUGCAAUUCGAGGAGAUGAUCGACCGUCUGGAGAAGGGCAGCGGGCAGCAGCUGGUGACCCUGCAGGAGGCCAAGCUGCUGCUGAAGGAGGACGACGAGCUGAUCCGGGAGGUGUUCGAGUACUGGGCCCGCAAGCGGAAAAACUGCAAGGGCGCCUCGCUCAUCCCCACCGUCAAGCAGGAGAAGCGGGACGGCUCCAGCACCAGCGACCCCUACGUCGCCUUCCGCAGGAGGACCGAGAAGAUGCAGACGCGCAAGAACCGCAAGAACGACGAGGCGUCGUACGAGAAGAUGCUGAAGCUUCGCAGGGACCUGAGCCGGGCCGUCACCAUCCUGGAGAUGAUCAAGCGGAGGGAGAAGAGCAAGAGGGAGCUGCUGCACCUCACGCUGGAGAUCGUGGAGAAGAGGCACGGCAUGGCGGACUUCGGAGGCGAGAUCAUGGCGGAGGUGCUGGCCCAGCGAGCGCUGGUGAAGCCGGCCUACACCCUUCCCAUCAUUCCCCUGUCCAGCAGCGCCCAGUUCAGGCUCCAGGACCACAUGGAGCUCAAGGAGUACAAGGCCAAGCCCGAGAAGACGGAAGUAGUCAGAACGAAACGGAAGUACGAGAAGAAGCCCAAAGUCUUGCCUUCGUCAGCCGCGCCUCAGCAAUCGGGGCCCUCCAUAUUCAACGCUAAGGACCUAAACCAGUACGACUUCCCCAGCUCCGACGACGAGCCCUUCUCCCAGAUUCAUUCAGGAUCCUCGGAAGCUGAGGAAGAGAAUGACCCCGACGGCCCUUUCGCUUUCCGGAGGAAGGCUGGCUGUCAAUAUUACGCUUCUCGGUCGGACCAAAGUGGCAGUUGGCCGUGGUGCAGUCCUUCGGAGGGAGGUCUGGGAGACGUCCGCUUCAGAUACUGCCUCACCACGCUGACGGUUCCCAGGCGCUGUGUGGGGUUGGCACGGCGACGCGUUGGACGAGGCGGCAGGGUUUUGCUGGACAGAGCGCGCACAGGCUUGGACAACGUAUUUCAUGGGCUGGAUCCGGAAAUGCUUGCCUCCCCUCCCCACUCUCCGGUCAACACGUUCGCCAGUACCUCAGAAACGAAUACCUCGGACGGAAACCCUCCUCCUCCAGACCUCAGUCAGAUAUUGUUGAACAUUAAAUCCUGUCGAUGGAAACACUUUAGGCCCCGGACACUACCACUACACGACCCUGAGCGCGCGGACGCCUGCUCGCGGAGGCUGCACGGGGGGCCCGCCGGGACGGGCGCGGCCCAGUCCGGGACCCAGGCCGGCGGGACCCCCUCCCACAGCCGCAACGGACCUGGCUCCACCCCCGUCGCCGCAUUCACAGCGGAACAAUACCAGCAACAUCAAGAGCAGCUGGCACUGAUGCAGAAGCAGCAGCUGGAGCAGAUCCAACUUCAGCAGGCGAACAACGUGUCCGCCGCCAACAGCACACAGGGUUUGAUAUCAAAGACGCUGGACUCGGUCAGCGCCCAGUUCGCGGCCUCCGCUUUGGUAACGACGGACCAGCUGGUGGCGUUCAAAGCCAAGGAAGAGGUGGGCGUCGGGGUCAACGGCGUCCUUCAGGCAUCAGGAGUAUACAAGGGCUUACACCUCACUAGCACGGCGCCCGCUUCCCUGCACACGAGCCAGUCCACCACGACCGUGGGCCCCACCUUCCUCCAGCCCACCAACAGCAGCGGCAGCCCCGCCCCCGCCACCACCGCACAGACGACGAGCUCCCACGGCGCGCCCGGCCACCACGCCGCCGCCGCCGCCCCGACCGCCGCCAACUCCGCUACUCAGGUCCUGAUCGGGAGCAACAUCCGCCUGAGCGUGCCCUCGCCGGCCGGCGCCGUCAACUCCAUCGCCAACCUGAACGCGCGGCACAUAUCCAGGACUAUAAACGCCGUUCCGCCCUCUGCCUUAAAGCUGGCCGCCACUACAAACUGUCAGAUGCCCAAGGUCACAGCCUCGUCCUCCAUCGAGCUGGUGCCGAGGGAAAAUCACGAACAAGAAAAGCCAGCACUAAACAGUAUAGCGGACAAUACAGUGGCCAUGGAAGUGACGUAGUAGUGUCAGGCGUACGGGACCUCUGCUUGGGAACUCAUCUAGGGUGCUAUGCAUCAUAGCAUUGUGAAUGCAAAGGACGGCGGAAUGCGGCGCGUCGCGUUUCCAUGGCAACUGUCGGGACUUAAUUGCAAUUCUCAUCUCUCAUGCUUUUAUUUUUUUGUUUUUGUUUAUUUUUUUAUUUGUUACUGUUAAUAAGAGGAAUCAACAUCUGUAAAUUAUGAAUAUGGCAAUUAUAUGUACAGUAACUUGCAUAUUUGUAAUACCCCCCUCCCCCCCCUCCUCCUCCU